AUGAGCUGGACCACAGUUGGACCAAAGGCCUCAGUUUGCCUUGCACGGCAGGCCGCCCCUGAUCUCCUCCGUCAACAAAUCGUGGUGCAGCGACAUUCCCUACCGAGGAACCUUUUCCACCAUUCCCGCCGUUCAAGGCCCUUCAGCAGCGCACAACGUCUCAACCUCUCUACAUCUUCAGUACUCAGUGCUAGCUCAGAUGCGAAGAGCAAGCCGUCGCGAUAUGCAGCUGCUGCGGAACCGGACGCCAGGGCUGCUCCUUCUGUCAGAGUCACUGAUAACAGGAGCAAUCAAUCCAGCAGCACCAGCAACGCCGAGACCUCUUCGCGCAGCACACCGACAGAAAAUGUGCUCAAUGUGGACGCAGAGGUCAAGGCAGAGAAGCAAGCAGCAUCUUCUCCAUUUUCCUCCUCCACAUCAGCGAGCUCUGGUCAGUCGCCAUCACAGCAACAACAGCAACAGCAGCAGCCGGAACCUUCAUCCGACGGUCAGCAACAAGACCAGCAAGCGCAACAGACCCCAAAUGCCACACAAGCCAGUACAGGCCCCCUCAGUGGCGAAGACCUUCUCAAGCAACGCUUCUUCCAUGCUCAAGAACAGAACAAGAGGGUCUACUCCGGUCUAACUCCUCCGCUCAAUCCUGCAACCAACCUCUAUCCUUCUUUUGCCACCCCUCAGUCCGACCAGACCAUCUUUCCUUCUGACGGAUCCGCUUCGUCCUCUUCCACAGCGUCAGGUUCAACAUCACCUCCGCCAGAGUCCUCCCAGCACUCGACAACCUCAUCCGGUGCUUCUGCUGAUGGCGCAACAACACCACAAACGGCAAGCACUUCCAACGCUGGGCAGAGGGACAUCGAGUUCGAUCAACGUUUGCACCGACCCGCCUCCUCCCAGUCUCUGCAGAGCUUGCAGGUGCCUUUCGACACUCAUGGUUUUGUGAAGAGGUUAGAGUCUGGAGGCUGGAUUUCGAAUGCAGCCAAAGCACAGCGACUGGCAGCUAGUAGCAAGCCAGGAAAGGGCAAGCAAGCUCAGAAUGAGUCCGGUUCACAGGAGCUAGGUCUUCAAAUCGCUCAGCGACACGACCCGGCAGAAGCAAUCAUGGAAGGCGUCCGCCAUCUUAUCACCACUCGCGGUCGGCAACUCGCACAUGCCUGUCUCAACAAAAGUGACGUUGAGAAUCAAACCUAUCUCUUCAAAGCAGCUCUUUCGGAGAUUCGCACCGAAGUGCAAGUGCGUGGACGCAACGACGCUGCUGGAUUGCGAAGCAUCACAACCCUUCUUCAACGUGAAGUCGAUGCUCUGGAGCAAAAGAUGAAAGAAGACGUCGAACGACUCAAGCACGACAUUCAGGUCGAUAUGAACAACCGCAAAGCCGAGUCGAAAGAAGAGCAGAACAAUCUGGAGCAAGAGAUUCAGGAUCUCAAUAACCGGUUCACCAUCAGUCUUUCCGAUCUGAAGACGGAGAUUGAGCAGAAUGUCAAGUGGGAUGCAACCAGACGCAGUCUCUUCCUCGUGUUUGGUAUCGCUGCUAUCGUUGCAGCCAAUCUUGCUAUCGCUGAUUACCUGACCAGGGACGAUGAGGCGGCAAAGGCAGCAGCGAGCAAGGAGACGAUCAAUGCCGGUCAUCCACCAGCGUCAGCUAAUGCAGCUGCGCCGGCGUCGUUGGGAUGGGCGACAGAGGGUCGCAUUCUGUCGGUGUUGCCAAUUAUGCUGCUCAGGCCGAACGGACGUGUGGCUGCAGCUAGUCGUCGGGCUUUCAGACAGUGGCAUCGUCAAUUCUCGAGUCAUAUACCUGCAGUGGCCACAGCAGGUCUGUACACUGCUACCAAGCAGCCGUUCAGCACGCGAUGCCGAAAGAUUGGCGCAGCUUCGCCAUCGCUUGCUACACGGGCAUCCAGCUUGUCUGCAAGUAUCAGAAAGGAGAGCGUCGCUGAGCUCCGCGUUCCUGAAUCGGACAUUCUGAUUCGCCCGCUCUCGGACGGAAUCACGAUCGAGUCGCAGCAACUGGGUCUCAAACCCUUCCACUUCGAUCACGUCUGGCUUCGUGAUGCCUGCCAAGCACCGCAAUCGGUUCAUCCUAGCAACCGCCAGAAACUUUUCCACACCAGCGAUGUGCCACUUGGCGUUGACCUGCUUGAUCGCAACCACCCUCCAUCCUUGGUGACCUCGGGAGACGAGCCAGCACUUCGAUUGACCUUCGCUAAGGAGCACGCCGUUGUCAACGUUUUCACUGCCACUUUUGGCUCGGUCAAGCCAGCAGAUGCACCGCACGUCUCGGAUCUGCCCACCUCGUUCUUGCUCCGACAUGCCAUCCCGGAGUUGUACGCGGAUACACAUAUGGACAUCAUGGCCGUCCCCGAGUGCUGGGCUGCCAAAGAUCUCAGCCACUUCAAAACGGAACCUUGGACACCUGACGCCCCGCUCCCCGCCCAUGUGCUGCUAAAGGGCGCUGUGGCCCGACCAGCUCGUAUUCCAUGGGACGCCAUCAAACCAGAAACCACUUCCAACGACCGCACUCAAGCUCUCUACUCGCUCACCGAAGCCGUCGUCCGCGAUGGCUUCGCAUUCGUCACCCGUCUCCCCACCGACACUACCUCCACCGAGCCCGGCCCCGAAUCAGCCCGUCUUCGCGAUCUAGCCUCAACAAUGGGUGAACUCCGUAACACCUUCUACGGUCUCCUCUGGGACGUCCAAUCCAAAGCCGACGCUCGCAACAUCGCAUACACCAACCUCGAUCUCGGCUUGCACAUGGACUUACUCUAUUUCCAAAACCCACCCCGCUUCCAAUUCUUGCAUAUGCUGAGGAACAAAGUUCGCGGAGGAGCAAGUAUCUUUGUCGACAGUUUCAAAGUCGCUGAACGGAUGUGGGAGCAAGAUCGCGAACUAUGGGAAGGUCUCACCAAAGUUCCGGUUGGAUUUCAUUAUGUUAAUGAUGGAAGACAUUAUAGGUUUACGCAUCCGACUUUUGAACUUGCACAUGAGACCGAGGGACACGCUGGACCGGCGUUGGAAGGGACAACUAUGCCGAGGUUGAGUGCGGUGAAUUACUCCCCUCCUUUCCAGUCUCCUCUGCCCCUGCAUCCGACAAAGGCGCUGGAGACGAAAGAGAAGAGAGAGUUGUUUUAUAGAGCGCUCAAAAAGUUUUCAGAUUUGACGCUUGCGGAGGAGUUUAGGUAUGAGAAGCAGAUGGAAGAGGGGGAGUGUGUUAUCUUUGAUAAUAGGAGGGUCUUGCAUUCAAGGAAGGGUUUUGAGUGGGAUCAGAGUGAAAAGGGAGAGGUGAAAAGGUGGUUGAAAGGGUGUUAUGUUGAUGGCGAUGCUAUUUGGAGUACGUAUAGGACGUUGAGAACGAAGGUUAUUGGUCGGCAGCCACUGACUCGCAGCAGGGGUUUGCAUGCUCAAGUGUCGGCUAGGCGAGAGUUCAGCACCACCACCAACAACGCCGCAACUAUCACCGCUGCCUCUCCCAGCAGCGCAGUUGAAGCACUGGAUCCAUCAUCAUUCGCACCGCUAUCCGACGAUCCGACAGUAGUAGAUCUUCGUUCGGUCUCCGGACUACGCUCUCGUGAUCCCUCCACCAGUUUCUCCUCCUACCGCCCUGUUCUACCAAUCUCAACAGCUACGAUCCCAAAGCUCUACAAACAGCUCUCCAAAUCUCGCCUAACCUUCCUCGUCGUCCUCACCGGAAUGGCAGGGUACGCACUCUGUCCAGCCUCACUCACCGUAGCUGUAGCAUCCCCUGUCACCACACUCCUCGCUCUUACCGCAGGGAUGGCUUUGUGCAGUGCAGCAGCCAACACCCUAAACCAACUAGUCGAAGCACCGUAUGAUGCGCAGAUGUCUCGUACGCGGAACCGACCUCUACCAUCACGUGUUGUUACACCUCUGCAUGCGUUUGGAUUUGCUUCCACUUGCGUUGUCUCCGGUGUUGGAGUGCUAGCUACAAUGGUUAACCCUCUCACCGCAGUGUUGGGCGCAGCAAACGUAGUGCUAUACUCCUUCACCUAUACGCCGUUGAAGAGGGUAAGCAUCGCAAACACAUGGAUCGGAGCAAUCGUUGGCGCACUUCCUCCUCUAAUGGGUUGGGCUGCUUGCACUGGUACCCUUUCCCACUUCCACGACCUGGGUGGCUGGAGUCUCGCAGCCCUCCUCUUCGCGUGGCAAUUCCCCCAUUUCAACUCUCUCGCACACACCCUUCGCGCAGAAUACGCUAGAGGAGGAUACCGAAUGAUGGCAGUCACCAACCCAGCCCUAAACCGUCGAGUCUCUUUACGAUAUGCACUAGCCCUCCUACCCAUAUGCACUGUUAUGAUACCGCUUAGCGGGAUUGUUAGUCCCGUGGCUUAUGCGGUACUGAGUACACCGUUGAACGGGCUGAUGGUUCAUGCUGCAUGGAAGUUUUAUAGAGAAGGAACUGUGAAGUCUGCAAGAUGGUGUUUUUGGGUUAGCCUGAUUCAUUUACCUGCAGUGAUGCUAUUGGCAAUGGGUUGUAAGGCGGAAGUUUGGGAUGGGUUGUAUAGGUUCUUUGGUUGGUCUAGCACAGACGAGGUAGAAGAAAGUGAGGCGAAGCUCGUGUAA